CUUCUACACCCGUCAGUGAUCCCGGAAGUUCCGGCGAGCAAUGAAACGGAAGUUGGUACGUGGCUGCUGCUCCGGCAGAGACACUAAGCAUCAUGGCGAUGGAGUUGCACAGCUCUGAACCAAACAGUGGUAACUCCAGUCGACUAGAGGUUUCUAUAGACGGACUAACGCUUAGUCCUGAUCCAGAGGGCGAGGAAGAACACAACCAGCGACCGAGAGAGUCACAUGUUGAUCACGGAAAAGAAGUCCAGAACCAGCUAGAUGGAGAUGGGGAGGGCGAGACAUCUAAAACCAUGGAAAGGAAAUGGGGCUUUCCUUUGCCAGAGCUGUAUAGUCUGGCUCUUAAAUUCUUCAAAGAGAAAGAUGGAAAAGCUUUUCAUCCAACGUAUGAAGAUAAACUUAGACUAGUGGCUCUGCAUAAGCAGGUUUCUCUCGGUCCAUAUAAUCCUGAUGCCUGCCCAGAAGUUGGGUUUUUUGAUGUACUUGGAAACGACAGGAGAAAAGAAUGGGCUCUCUUGGGAAACCUGUCAAAAGAAGAGGCAAUGGUGGAGUUUGUAAGGCUGCUUAAUAAAUGUUGCAGUCUUUUUGCCCCUUAUGUUACAUCUCACAAAAUAGAGAAGGAAGAACAGGAACGAAAAAGACUUGAGGAAGAAAAACGUCGUCAGCUUGAGGAAGAAGAGCGUGAACGUGCCAGACAGGAAGCAGAGCGGCAGCGUCGAGAAGAGGAAGAAAAGAGGAGACUGGAAGAAGAGGAAAGAAGACAGAUAGAGGAAGAAAGACUUCGAAUGGAGCAGCAAAAGCAGCAGAUUAUGGCGGCUUUAAAUGCGCAAACAGCAGUUCAGUUUCAACAGUAUGCAGCCCAGCAGUACCCAGGAAACUUUGAACAGCAGCAGAUCCUGAUUCGGCAGCUUCAAGAGCAACACUACCAGCAGUAUAUGCAGCAGCUCUAUCAAGUUCAGCUGGCACAACAGCAGGCAGCCUUACAGAAGCAGCAAGAGGCAGCUAUUUUAAGUUCUGGAGCAGUAAAGGUUCACGCCACUUCUCCAGGAGAGAGCCCUACUGUAAAUGGACAGAGCAACUCUCACAUGGAAAACAUGGAAAAAGUGCCUGAAUCAGAUUUAACAGAAGAUGUAAUAGAGAAUGGACCGAAAGAUGCCUCCCCUGUGAUUGCAGCUCCUUCAAUGUGGACAAGGCCCCAGAUUAAAGACUUCAAGGAGAAAAUCAGACAGGAUGCAGACUCUGUAAUCACAGUUGGACGAGGAGAAGUUGUAACAGUCAGAGUCCCAACACACGAGGAGGGAUCUUACCUAUUUUGGGAAUUUGCGACUGAUCAUUAUGACAUUGGUUUUGGAGUAUACUUUGAAUGGACUGAUUCUCCAAACACAUCUGUCAGUGUUCAUGUCAGCGAGUCCAGUGAGGAUGAGGAAGAUGACGAAGGAGAAAAUCCAAGCGAAGAAGAAAAAGCCAAAAAGAAUGUAAACAAGCCUCAGGUCGAUGAGAUUGUACCAGUAUACAGACGAGACUGCCAUGAAGAAGUUUAUGCAGGCAGCCACCAGUACCCAGGACGAGGAGUGUAUCUGCUUAAAUUUGACAAUUCGUAUUCCUUAUGGAGAUCAAAAACAGUUUACUACAGAGUUUAUUAUACUAGAUAAGAAAGCAUUAAAGACAAUGGGGGUGUGCAGGAUGGAGCAUGGAUUUGUUUAAAAAAGGUAGUCGAUUCAGUCCAUAUAGAUCCCUGUUAUCCAUGCCCGAUGCAUGUGGACAUUAUUGGCCAUUGUUGGUUCUGUGAAACAAUAAUAAAAAAGCUAUUUCCAAAAGAAAUAUCAGCGUUAUCAACCUGUUUUGAAGUUUCACUGGAGAAAAAAUUUUUUUUUCUGAUUUGUUCAGAUACAAAACAUCCUGUAGUUUACAGAAGUGACUAGCAGAUUACCAUUGGUUUUCAGAAAGAUCUUUGCUUCUUAUACUCACGGCAUUGUGAUAAUUACUUUUUGUGUUGAUUUACAUUAUUUCAGUACAUGACUAAUUGUUACUUUUCUAAUUGCACAUUACCUGCAUAUAAAAUGUACAGGAGGGGAGAAAUAUAUCUGACAUUCUGAGAUCUUACAUUUAUCGUACAUAGUUUUGGGCUGCGUUAACUAAAGGAAUAAAAACACAGUGUUUGCACCAUAACGGAAACAACUAAUUUAUAUAAAUAUACAUAUAUAUUCUCUGUCUUUUUGAUGACUCUAUAUACAUCUACAUCUCAUUCAUACAAGUCUCUGUUUUAGAGUAAAUAUGGUUUAGAUUAAUUUUUGAUAAAAUAUCCUUAUGUGAAAAUUCUGCAAGCCCCAGAUUUUUCAUAACGUGCAUUUUUGUGUUACAAUAUAAAAUACUUGCUGGAGUAGCAUGUAAUGCAUGAAGAAAUGUCAUGAGGCAACAUGGCUUCCCAUAAAUCAGUCGAGUCAGUGGGUGAUUGCGGUUCCACUCUGCUGUCUCAAAUGAGGUCAAUAGAGUAAUUAAAUAAAUUAUUCAAAGUUUCAAAUAUAUUUAACAAAAACAAAACAAAAGCUUGUAAUAAAAUUUAUUAAGGAGUAAACAGUAUCAGUCCAUGUUUCGGUUGUCUUGUCUACUUGUUUAAAUAUUAUUAAAAUCAUUUGAAUAAGCUCUUCAUUCUGAUUAAGAUGCCAAGCCUGUCAAACUGUUCUCAUUUCUGAUGUAUAAACAGUUAUUUCAAAUAUUGAAUCUUGAACUGGGCCUCCAUCUUAAAACGUUGCAUGGUCGUGGGUGUCACCCUCCAGUACCCAAGGUAAAUGCACCCAGUCGGCCGUCUCGGACUGGAGGACCUUGUUAAUCUUCCUGCUGUUUUAAAUGUUUAUUUUGUUUACCUGAAAAAUAGCGUUGGUCCAAUUUGUGUUGGUAGUUCAGAAUAGAAAUGAAACAAAAAUGUGUUUUUACAAAUUUGUUCCCAAAAAUAUUUUCGAUUUGUAGACUGAUGUAGAAUGUAACGACAAAGCGAUCCUAACACUGCCACUACUGGUACUUUCUUAGUCCACGCUGGUUAUUUUGACGCUCACUUCUUUUUGUUUUUCUCCCCCAUCAAAAUCAGUCUUCCACCUUAGCUUUGAGGUAUGUAUGGGUUUAGCUGCUAAAAGCUAAAAAACGUGGUCAUGUUUAAUAAAUUCCUGCUUACAGUACCCUGCAUAAUGUAAAAUUUCAAAUGUAAUAUUUUCUAAGUAAGCAACUAAGUGUGAUGAUCUGUGUGUUUUGCGAUGUAUUAAUAGGAGAUUAAUUAUAGAACAACAGAUUAAGGGAGUGGGGCUCACUUUUGCUGUCCUUUGCAGAUCUCACUGCCAAAAAACAAAAUACUCAUCUUUGUGUGCACAAAUAUGUGUGUGUUUGCCCUGGAAAUGAAAUGUUAAUUAUGCUUUUAAACAUUUAAUAGCAUUUUCUACAACAUAACAGUUUCUAGUUGAAUAGGAUUUGCAGUUUAAUCCCAUAUGAAAUUUAAAAAAUGCACCUAAACAAGAUCUCAAAGCACCGUCUCUGCAGCUCUCGUCACUUUCAUUUUAGCCUGUGAUUUUUUGCUCAUAUGCUUUUUUGCGGUUUGACUCUUCUUUGUUUAGCAUAACAGCCGCCAUUCUUGAAGUUAACCUGUCAUGUUCAUACUGUAGUGCUUUUAUGUUCUUUGAUAUCUGGAUUGUAUAUUUCCCUUUUGCUGUGAAUUUUUUGCUUUACAAUACAGUUUUAUUUUUUAAUGUUCUUGGAAAAAAAAAAAAGCCUGAAUCAUUUAACAUUAUCACUGUUCUGCUUCAGAUGCCAGGAAGUUCAUUGUUUUAAGUUGAUUGUUUUUCUUUAUUGUCUGAUAUCUACUAGAGGGAUACUAAUUUUGAUUAAAAAUGCUCCAAGACUGAACACAUUCAAACUACUUAAAGGGGAUGAAGAAGCUUGACAUUUCUUUGUAGCUCUUUGUUCUUCUAACCGUUAAACACUAGGCCUUGCAUAAAGAUUACAUCUUCAUCACUAGCCAUGUUUAGUUAAAUGUCGUUUCAUAUGUGUAUAUGAUGCAGCUCUAGUAAAUAACUUUAUAGCUGAAAUUGAUUAUGGAAAAAUACUUAAGUACACCCAAAAACACCAGUAGACACCCUAUCCUUCAGGUGCUUUUGUAUCGUUUUGCUUUAAACUGCAAAAGAAGGUAAGCUGGGUGGUCAUUUUUAUUUAAUUCAAGUGAUAAUGUUAAAUGUUAUUCCUUUGGGGAAGGGGUGUGGAAUUGGUGAUGUAUGAUAAAAUGUAUUUGGAGAUCUUUAUGUAAGCUGUAAAUUAAAAUUCUGACAUACGCAGUUA